AGAGUCCAGUGCACGGAAUGUCAAUUCUACUGGUGCUUCAAAUGCCACAGUCCUUGGCAUUCAGAGUUGAGUUGCAAACAGUAUAGAAAAGGCGAUCGACUGCUGAAGACAUGGGCUAAGGAGACCAAUCACGGACAGGUCAACGCUCAGAAGUGCCCGCGUUGUGGGAUAUACAUUCAGCGGACCAGUGGUUGCGAUCACAUGCACUGCACCCGAUGUAAGACAGACUUCUGUUACAAAUGCGGCGAUCGUUUGCGGCGAUUGAAGUUCUUCGGCGACCACUACUCGAAGCUAAGCAUAUUUGGCUGCAAAUAUCGUUACAAAGCCUCACAACCGGUUCAACGCAAACUGAUUCGCGGCGCUGUGUUUGGCAGUAAACUGAUGUUAGUUCCGGUUCUCGGGUCACUGGCGGUGUGUGCGGGCGCUGUAGUGCUGGUGCUGGGAGUGGCCGCUCUUCCCGUUUACGGUGCCGUCAAAAUCUAUCGCAAAUAUAGGAAUAAAAAGAAUUUAAAGUCUAUUAGACAACAAGUGCUGUAUUAUCCGCACUACACUCUGCAGUUGAUAUUAAAGCCGCCACAAAAAGACACCCAAACUGAUCCCGAUGUGGACACAGAGGCGUGUGAUCUCAUUGUGACGACCGUUGAGAGUCUACCGGCGGACGACCCGAACAGAGCCGACAAAUGCGUUCAAAUUGUAUCGCAAAGCACGGGUGACCCCGAGUCAGGAGUACAACGAUUGGUGCACAUCGAGUCAUCUCCGGGUCAAUUGCUUCGCACACGAGUGGACGUCAUUGGAUUGACGGCAAAUAAAUCGAGAAAAAGAAAGCUCGACGACAAUGGGGUCGAUGACGACAAACCGAAGAGACCGACUAUGAAUUGCAACCAAUCUUAACGGCUUUAAUGGUUUACUAUUAAAUGAUUACAAUUGGAGAUAUUUAACAUUUAUAAUGUUUCAACAGCGAUACAUC